CACGGAUGAAGAUAUAAAUGCAAUUCUUGUUGCAGUCUUUUACUUAAAAUUCUGCAUUUUACUCAUUAAUCCUCGUCUUCUCUGAGGGAUUACAAAAGGAAAUUUAUCUGAGAGCUUGUGUCAUUUGCACCAAGAGCUCUUUUAAUUAUAUUAUACUAUAUAUGUUCAAUGUGAAUUCUUGUAAUUGUGAAAAUUAUGAGGAUCUCUGAAAGUUCUUUGAAACAUGUUGCAAAGUAAUUUAAAACCUAAAUAAUUAUAGUACUUAAGAAUGUCUCUUUAAGUUAAAAUUAUUCAUUAAAAUUAAAAUAGAGUUUUGUUUAAUUGUAAUCUUUCUAGGGGCAUCUCAUCAAGCGCAACGCAUCUCUGGUUUAGUCUUACAUUCACAGGAACAGUUUUUCUCGAAUUCCCCCCCGCCCGAAAUUUUUCAAAGAAGGCAAACCAGAAUUUUAACAAGUUUUUAAAUAACACAACAAAAUGUCGUCUGUUGACAAGGAGGAAUUGGUUCAAAAGGCAAAAUUGGCCGAACAGUCCGAAAGGUACGAUGAUAUGGCACAAGCCAUGAAAUCUGUGACAGAAACAGGAGUUGAACUGUCGAAUGAAGAAAGAAAUCUGUUAUCGGUGGCUUACAAAAACGUUGUUGGGGCUCGCAGGUCAUCUUGGAGGGUGAUUUCAUCAAUUGAACAAAAAACGGAACCUUCCUCUAAAAAACAACAGCUCGCCAGAGAAUACAGAGAGCGCGUUGAAAAGGAACUUAGGGAAAUUUGCUAUGAAGUUCUGGGUUUGCUCGAUAAAUAUUUAAUACCCAAGGCCAGCAAUCCCGAAAGCAAAGUCUUUUAUCUGAAAAUGAAGGGAGAUUACUACAGAUAUUUGGCUGAAGUUGCCACCGGAGACACUCGCAACAGUGUAGUAGAUGACUCCCAAGCUGCGUACCAGGAUGCCUUCGAAAUUAGUAAGGGCAAAAUGCAGCCAACACAUCCCAUCCGAUUGGGUCUUGCACUCAAUUUCUCAGUCUUCUAUUACGAGAUUCUAAAUUCUCCGGAUAAAGCUUGCCAGCUGGCCAAACAGGCGUUCGAUGACGCGAUAGCGGAAUUGGACACACUCAAUGAGGACUCGUAUAAGGAUUCUACGCUGAUCAUGCAGCUCCUGCGAGACAACCUCACACUGUGGACGUCAGAUACACAAGGUGACGGUGAUGAAGUUCACGAGGGCGGUGGUGAUAAUUAACCAAACAACAGUGAGAGAGAAAAGGAAGUUAAUUCAAGUAACACCAACAAAGAUUGAGAAGGGGAUUUAAAAUUUAAAUGAAAACAAAACAAAAAUAGUAAAACAGAAAAAAAAUUUGCUGAAAAUGCUUUCAAGUGAGAAAAGAUAAAAAGAAAAAAAACACAAGAAGAGUGAAAUAUCCAAUGAGAAUUCUUCAUUUUGAUAAAAAGAAAAAAAAACUAUAAAGGGAGAAAAAAGGAAAUAUCAUGUCACCGAAGAAUAUGAGGAAUGGACAAACAUACACACACUCGUUUCUAUUAAUUGAAAAAAUUAAAAAAGAAAAACAGGAAGAAAUAAAAGAUAAAACAACCAGUUGAAAGGAUAAGAAGGAGCAAAAAAAAAUUGAAAUUUUUGAACAUCAAAAAAUAAAAAAAAGGAGAAAGAUAAAACAACAAAAAAAUGCAUGAAUAAUAUUCAUCACCUUUUCAGACUUUUUUUUGUUUACUUUUUUAAUGAAUAAAAACAAAAGGAAAAAAAUAAUAGCAAAAAAAAUGAAUAAGAGAGAAGGAGCAAGAAUGGGAGGAAGUGUGAAGAAAUGAUGGAGAAAAAAAUUGUGUAAUAUUUGUAAGACAUCUGUGUACCCAGAUAAUCCUGUUUAAAAAAAAAAAACACACAUACCAGCUAUUUCAAGACACAUCCGCAAUGGCUGAUUUUUUUUCCUAAGAGAAGGAAUGGAAUGGAACAAAAAAAAAUCUAGAGAAGAAAAUUUUAUGUGAAAAUUCCUUCUUUGUACAUUGCAAUUUCUUUUCCUUUCUUCCGUUUUUUUUUUUUUGGUUAACUAUGGGCUUUUGUUUUCGAAAAUCCUUCGAUAAUUUGUCCAGAAUUUUUUUCGUCUCUGUAUCAAAUAAAGAAAGAACCCAGAAACUAAUUAUGAAGUAUUUUUUUAUUUGUACUAUUACUUAUUACCUGUUUAUUUGAGAGAUAAAAAGAUAAUUCCUUUAAGUUUCUUGUUUUUUUUUUUGGUCUAAUUUGCACUUAACAUUUUUGUGAGAAAUGUUCGCGGUAUUUAAAAAAAAAUUUAAGGUAUUUUUCUUUAUUUUUCUUUGUGUUUACAGCAUGUAAUAUAUAAUAAAAAAAAAGAUGAUGAUUAUGGAUGAAUUAAAGGAUACUUUUUACUUGUUGAAGGAAUAAAAACACAAAUCUAUAUAAAAGUAAUUUAAAAAAAAAACAUGAAUGGUAAAAACUCUUCUCGUCCUUUGUACGUUUAAUCGUAAAAAAAGUGAAUCAUAAACACUUAAAUUUAUCUUUAACUAAAAAGGUGAAAUAACUAUUUAAAAAAAAAAGAAGAUGAAAAAAAAUAAGAGAAAGUCCAUCGUUCUCUUUUCUCAUAUUUGCAUACAUAAUACAAGAGAAAUUGAAGCAUAAGAUGAAAUCAUGAGCAUAGUCUUUUAUCCAUGAGAGGUGAAAAUUAGUAUUGCAAGUGGUUUUUUGAACCAGACGUCACUCUAAAAUGUUAAUUUUUAAGUGAAGAAGUAAAAAAAAAAAAGAAAUUGUCUCUUACAUUGUGAAAUAUACUAAUUUGUUUGUCUUGGACACAGAAAGUAAAUUUAAAUGCUAUAAUUAAAGCCAGAUAUCACCACAAGGGAAAAUAUUGAAUUAUGCCCAGUUAUUGAGCAGAAGAAAACUCAUUUUUUUUGUGAAAGAUAAGAACAGGAAAAUCAUGGAAAAUUAUGUUAGAAUUUUGAUUGAAUAAAUCAGAUGCGCAAUUUGAAAAAAAAAACAACAAAUAUCAAAAGAAAAAUAGAAAAUCAUUUUUAAUCUGAGCAUUGAAGUUUAUCUCGCUAAGCAUCAUCAAAGUUUUUUCUCCAAGUAAAAGCGUUUGAUGAUACGACACACACAAAAGAAAUUUUUCAAAAUGAAAGAAAUAAUUCAAUAAGUAUCAAGAAAAACAAUUUACUACACAUGAAAAAAAAGAGGGAAGAAAAAACCUUUUUGAAUAAUUGUCUGAUUUUAAUUUUUUGGUAAUAUCGCUGUUUCCAUUGGUUGUAAUUCUAUAAAAGGAAAAAAAAAGUAUAUUUAAACUUAAAAAAAAAACAAUUUUCAAACAUAAAUUUCAUGAUGUAUAACAGAAUCAAGAAUAAAAUGAGAAAAACCAAGAAAACCCCCAAAA